CUUCCAGUAGGUGGCAGUAAUGCACCGAACGUUGUUAAACAACACGAAGAGGAAGGCAACAUGGCCGCUUACAUGAUGAACGGGUUCAGGAUAUUUUCUCGUGAAUUGACUUCAGCUCCACUCCAGUAUCGUUACUAUCAGCCCUGCCUGCAGAGGCUCCAGGUGAGGCCGCUGUUCCUCCAGACUCCUCCGCCUCCCUCCGCUGUGUUCUCCCAUCAUUUCUGGAGCUCCGCGGCCUCCCGGCAGAAGGAGGCGGACCCUGACCUCCAGGCUGCCCAGAGUUUGGAGCGGUACAAAGACAGACCGUGGGACUACCUGGACAGCGAAGAAUAUGCAGAGCGCUAUGGGAGCAGGGCGGUGUGGACGGGUUACAGGCGGAACCAUAAAGGAGGCAUCCCCCCCCAGAAGACACGGAGGACCUGCAUUAGAGGAGACAAGAUAUGCGGGCAUCCCUGUCCAAUUUGCAGAGACCCUAACAUCAUUAUCCACCAUCAGAACGUGAAGUUACUCCAGCAGUUUAUCAGUCCCCACACUGGAAUGGUGUAUGACCCCACUCUGACCGGUGUUUGUAUGAAGCAACAGAAGAAGCUUAACGAAGCCAUCAACAAAGCCAGAGACGAUGGUUUGCUUCCUUUUCAGAUUCCACAUGUGGAUUUUUCAGGAGAGGACUACUCCAACUCCCAUGAUGCCGUUGGGCUCACACCACCGCCGCCGCCGCUCUCCAGCGAGCCCUGGUAUAAGUGGUACGGAGAAAUAACGCCCAAUGAAAAGAAAGUGGAACAAGUCAAGAAGACGUACAAAGCUUAUUUAAAAGGCUAAGAUCAUCAAAGAAGCUCUGAAAUGAUCAGCCUGCCUGAAUAUUUAAAAACUGUUCAAUAAAAACCAACCAAAGGA